AUGAAACGCCAUUUUGCGGUUCACGGUGUUCCAGAAUUGUUGAUGACUGACAAUGGCACCCAGUUUGUGAGUGAAGAAUUCAAGUUAUUUGCGAAAGAUUGGAGUUUUAAGCACGUGACCAGUAGCCCAACAUAUCCUCAAUCAAAUGGUCUUGCAGAGAAUGCAGUUAAACAAGCCAAGAAGCUAUUAGAAAAAUCUAAGAGGGAUGGAUCUGAUCCUAUACUUGGGUUGUUAAACCUAAGAAACACGCCUAGGGAUGAUAGUCUUGGUUCACCUGCACAGCGCCUUAUGUCGAGAAGAACUCGAACAGUUCCUCCGAUGUCAAAUAAGCUUCUUAAACCAAACGUCAUCCCAUGCAAACAAGUGUCACAAAGGAUACGUAGGAAACGAAAGCAACAGAAGACCUAUUACGACAAAAGUGCCAAGACACUUGGAACUUUGAAAGCGAAUCAAAUUGUUAGAAUGCAAACGACGAAAGGAUAUGAUAGGAUUGGCGUAGUUAAGCAAGUAGCAAAGGAACCACGGUCGUACAUCGUCGAAUCAAAUGGAAAAGA